AUGACCAGAGUCUUCCCCAUAAAGGAAUGGGCCCCUUUCACGGAAAGCUCGCGCAUGUCAGCCAGCGAGUUCAGCAUUAUACACAGCACGACAGGUUCUAUUGCUGAGAGUAUCCACGAAUCUGGCAGUUCUGCGCCACCACGAUCGCUUCCCCAGCGUCGACCCAGUGUUGCAGUUGAUGGGUCGCAGAACGAACUCUCAGGGGGAUUAGAAAGAUUCUCACUUCGAGUUUCUGGUCCUCAAAACGGCGAUAGGCAGGCUGAGAAGCGGCAGAAUAGCGGUUUCCGUAACCUGUUUAGACGGGCCUCUGUAUCUCUUCAGAGGAGGAGACACUCACAUGCGUCUCCAGUGGCGGAGCAGAGGCCACAAACAGCAUCGACAUGGCGCAGAUUAAGAGAAGCAACGAGCACGAGCUUCAACAGAAACUCGAAAAGCUUUCCUUCAGCACCAUGCUUUGACGAAGAACUUUAUACGAAUUCGUUCGAGAACCUUACUCCACAACCUGGCGUGGGCGGGAAACCACCAGUCAUACCUCACGGCUGCGGUGGGCAAGCAGCACGAGAAACGGCAGCCGCGCAGAACGAGUUUAUAUUUGCAACGAGAAACCGGCAACUGGGACAAUUGGAAGACCGAGAGAGUGGUAUCGGUAUUGCGCUUACUCUCGCGGACUCAUCUACAUCCGAACAAGACCCUUCUAUCAGCUCGGUGGAUUUUAUUACAGCGCUACCUGUCGAACUAGCCCUUCAAAUCCUCGCGCGUCUCGAUCAUACGGUCCUUGUAAGGGCUUCCAUGGUAUCCAGAAACUGGCAUGCACUUCUUAACUCGUCACAUAUUUGGCGGGAAGCCUUUGUUCGGGAAAAGUCUCAGACAUACGCUAUGAGUAGCCCUGUUCAGUUGGGAGCUGGCUUAGGUUUACCAGCCUUUAGUUCCGAUCACGACUGGAAAGACCUAUACCGAAUCAAGCAGGAACUGGAGCGGAAUUGGCUAGAAGGUGCUGCCGAACCUAUUUACCUCAACGGUCACACAGACAGUAUCUACUGCGUGCAAUUUGACGAACACAAAAUAAUCACUGGGUCUCGAGAUAGAACUAUUCGAGUUUGGGAUUUGAAGACUUAUACAUGCACACUAGUUAUUGGUCCGCCCGAAGUUGUGGAAGUCAUCGAUUAUAAAUUUGGCGAAGAUGGUACACCUCUCCAUUAUGCGACGCUGCCGGAUUUGAGUCGCCAACAGCAACCUUCGCCAAAAGUUGCGUCGUACGACAUCCACCACAAUCAGUCAAUUUUGUGCUUACAGUAUGAUGAGGAUAUUCUGGUGACUGGAUCGUCUGAUGGUACUUGCAUUGUCUACGAUAUUAAGAACAACUACGCGCCUACGAUGAGAUUGGUUCAUCACACAGCAGCGGUCUUGGAUCUUGCAUUCGAUGAGCGUUACAUCGUAACAUGCUCCAAGGACGUUAGUAUCUGUGUGUGGGAUCGGGAGACGGGUGUCAUGUUAAAGCAACUUCGUGGCCACGCCGGUCCCGUCAACGCUGUACAAAUGCGCGGAAACACAAUCGUGAGCUGUAGUGGUGACUUCCGAGUCAAAUUGUGGAACAUCGACACUGGAAAGAAUAUCCGAGAGUUUUCUGGCCACACAAAAGGCUUGGCGUGCAGCCAAUUUUCCGAUGAUGGGAAGUACAUCGCUUCUGCCGGAAACGAUAAGAUCAUUCGAAUAUGGGAUGCAAAUUCCGGAGAGUGCCUGCAUAGUAUUGCAGCCCACGAGAACCUUGUUCGCUCACUCCACAUAGAUUCCGUCAGUGGCAGACUAAUCUCUGGGAGCUACGAUCAGGACAUCAAAGUGUUCGACAUGGAGAGCGGUCGUCUUUUACUCGAUUUUCCGAAAUGGCACUCAAGUUGGGUGCUUGGUGCGAAAUCAGAUUACCGUCGCAUCAUAAGUACUGGCCAGGACCCUAAAAUCCUAAUCAUGGAUUUCGGCUUGGCCAUCAAAGGUAUUGAGAAGCUCGAAAGCAGGCGUUGA